AUGAAUCCCUGUAAUCUGCUUUCAAAGCCCACAUUUGUAGUUAUCUAUUGUCUAAAGUCUCCAACCUCGUUCAUGCAUCUAAGAUACUUGGCUGCAACACCAUUCCAUAAUAGACGGUUCUUCGAAGCCAAUAAGCAAAUACAUUCCCUGCCUCCAUACAAUAUGGUAGCCCUCCGAUCUGCAGAAAACGGCGAUUGGCUACAUCAGGAUUCCGUUCGCUCGGUGCAAAAAUUCGAAUCCUUUGUCACUAUAGAUUGGCUAGAUGACGAACUAGAAGAACACAGAAGACACAUAUCAAACAGGAAAAACGCCAAUACAUUCUGGGAGCUGGCCUUCCGUUCAAUGCGCACAUGGCUAGUCUUGGGUGCCAUGGGCAUUGUCAUUGGAUCCAUCGCUGCGUCUUUGAACGUCAUCACGUCGUGGCUAGCCUCGUUGAGGAUUGGCUAUUGUAAGAGUAAUUUUUAUUUGAGCGAAAGAUACUGCUGCUGGGACGAAGAGCAUUGCGGAAACUGGACCAGUUGGCUGGACUAUUCUGUGCUCAAUUAUAUUAUGUAUGUCUUGGUUCUGGCGGUGUUCCUGACAACAGCGGCUCUAUUAGUCAAAUUGUAUGCUCCGACCGCUGCUGGGUCGGGAAUCUCCGAGAUCAAGUGUAUUGUGUCAGGCUUCAUCAUGCGGGGCUUUCUUGGCUGGUCAACGUUGGUCAUCAAGAGUGUAGGUCUUCCCCUUGCCAUUGCAUCAGGACUUUCAUUAGGAAAAGAGGGUCCUUCUGUCCAUUAUGCCGUGUGUGUUGGUAAUAGUAUGGCAAAGCUAUUCUACAGUUAUAGACAUUCUGCAUCAAAGGGCCGUGAAUUCCUCACGGCCACGGCAGCUGCUGGAGUUGCCGUCGCUUUCGGGUCACCUAUGGGUGGUGUUCUUUUUGCGAUGGAAGAAAUCUCUGCUGUUUUCCAAUUGCUGACUCUCUGGAAGUCUUAUGUUUGUGCCUUGAUUGCAGUGGCCACUUUAUAUGCGUUCAAUCCUUUUCGCACGGGGCAGUUAGUCUUGUUUGAGGUCACUUAUGAUUCGUCUUGGCAUUAUUAUGAGCUUCCCUUCUAUGCUCUCCUAGGUGUUUUUGGCGGUGUAUACGGUAUAGUUGUUUCAAGACUCAACAAGAGAGUAGCGGGCUUCAGGAAGAAGUACUUGGCCUUGUUCCCGGUUCGUGAGGCUGUCAUACUUGCUACAUUCACUGCAAGUAUCUCUUAUUUCAAUGGGUUUUUAAAGCUUGAUAUGGCUGAGACGAUGCAAGCUUUGUUCACCGAAUGUGGAUCGGACGAUGAUGAAUGGCUAUGUGACAAGAAUUUGCAUAAAGGAAAGACAAUUUUCUCUUUACUUUUUUCCACAGUCAUGCGCAUGUUUUUGACUAUAAUUACAUAUGGGUGUAAGGUUCCGGCAGGUAUUUUCGUGCCUUCCAUGGCUGCUGGGGCAACUUUUGGCCGAGCAGUCGGACUUGUUGUUCAAAAGUUUCAUGAAUCGUUUCCUGAACUGUCAAUCUUUUCAGGUUGCCCGAAAGAUGGCCCUUGUGUCAUCCCUGGAACCUACGCAUUUAUCGGUGCUGGCGCUGCUUUGAGUGGGAUAACGCAUUUAACCGUGACUGUUGCGAUCAUUAUGUUCGAAUUAACUGGUGCUGUCAAGUACAUCAUACCGACGAUGAUAUCUAUUGCAAUCACCAAAGCAAUUAAUGACAAAUGGGGUCAAGGCGGUAUUGCGGACCAAAUGAUCUUGUUUAACGGACUCCCCCAUAUAGAUCCCAAAGAUGAAUUCGUCUUCGACGCAACUGUUGAAGAAGCAAUGUCUACUGUCACAACGGCGUUCGUCGCAGAUAAAGUCUACUCGGUUGAUGACAUUAUGGCAACAAUCGAAAAUCGGUCGUUCCGUGGAUAUCCAGUCGUUUCUUCAGAAACGCAGGCUCAAAUAGUUGGGUAUGUGAUGGCUUCUGAUCUAAAAGACGCUCUUGGUAGAGACGAUCUGCCUUCUUUCUGCAAAUUUGACUUGUCUGGAACGUCAGGCGAGAAUGUUGUGAAUUUAAUGUCUAUAUUGAAUCCUUCUCCAAUGAUUGUUAGCAUUGACACAAGAUUGGAAUAUCUCAUGGACGUUUUUGUUCGUUUAGGUCCGAGAAAUAUUCUAGUCCAUGAUAAUGGGUGUCUCGCCGGAACAAUAACACGGAAGGACAUUCUACGUUAUGAGAGGACAAAGCAUGAACUUGAGCAUCCAGUAAUGCAAGAUGGUUUAGACGCUCUUAUUUGGGAUAAAUUCAAGCAAUUGGGGGCAAUUUUUGCAUUUAACAAGACUAAUUAA